UGACGUUACUGUGUGUAUGUGACGUCAGUGCAGUGCGACUGCCGGCAGCGUCACCUCAGUGCCGGGCGGCUGAGAGACGUUGCCGGGGGAACCGCCCGAGCUAUCAAGCCUGGGGACCCGGGAGAGCGCGUCAUGUGGUUUUAGUCCCUGAAUUAUGUAUUCAGCCCAGGAGAAGGGUGUGGUAGAUCUAUAGAUUCUGGGCAGGAUGCUCCUGGAAAGCCUGUCACCCCGCCCCGCAAGACCUGCAGGAGAUAUGAGCAGCCCACGAUCGCCUCCAAAUCUCGUUCGCCAUCCCCAUACACAAACAGACGCAUGUGUGAGUUGUCUGAGGACUCCAAGCAAAGACUGGCCCAUCUCAACCUUGGACCCUAUGAAUUCAAGAAGGAGACCGAAAGCAAGCCCCCCUUUGUGGUCCGACACAUGGAAAUGAGUCAGUCACCUGGCACUACCAUGAUGUCAUGUUCUGCUAGAAGUUCCAAGUCAGAAGAUUGUUCCCAACUGCAUGAUGAUAUCUCCAUGUUAAGCAGAAGCAGACCCAUCUAUCCCAAUGAUUUCAGAAAGAUGCACAUUGAUGACCUUCAGAUGUCCUUGGACAGUCUAAAUGGCAGCGUACUGGAGUCACCAGGCAAAGUUUCACCUUCGCUAUCUCGCUCGGCUCCUGCAUCAAUACUGAGACAUCCGCCUAGUCCUGUCUUAAACCGGUCAUCUCUUAGACAAAGGUUCACGUCUGAUCACCAAUCUUCAGCAAACUGGGAGGAAAUCCACUCACGAGUCAGAAGCCUGUUAAGGACCCACAGUCCCCGGCAGAAGUUGCAGUUUGAUAAGAGUGUGUCAUGGAAGGAGCCUCACAGAGAUUACACAUCACACGGAGAGUUCCCUAGCACAGGACAGCUGCAGCACAGCCGUUCAUUCUCACAGGAUAAAUCUGUUCACUUGGACGAUGGCGAGUUCUGGAGUAAUAAGGCAGCUGCAUACAAAGGAAAGAGUCACAGGGUCAUAUUUGAAGAGAGCAUGGAGAAAAUCUACAGGAACAUGUACAGAAAUGCACUAAAUCCAAACGCCAACAGAAAGUCGCAUCAUUCCUAGGAGCUCAUGAGAUUGGAUCCUUCUCAUCUUUCCGGGACUUGCAGCACCUGGAUCCUCUGGCCUCGGCCGAGCUCCUUCUGUGUAUGCCAUUUCUAUAGCCAAGCUGUAUGCUGGUGCCUGCACAAUGAAUGCAAUCUGUUCACCUUCUUCUCUGGUCAUCUCUUUUGUCUCCUGUGUUAAUGUACGUUAUGGAUUGGAUAUAAUGCCGUCCGAGGUCGGAGCUGCAAGAUGCCGGUUGAAUUCUGACUUUUUUUUUUUAAAGUGGCAAUCAUUUACAAAGCAUGGUUUUGCCUUGUAAAUGAUUACUGCUUUAAAAACGUCCGAGUUCAGCCGGCAACCCACAUCUUGGGCCAACUUGGACGGCAUUACAUCAAGCCCUAUAUGUUACUUGUAUUGCUUAAAAGAGCACAGCUUCCUUGGACCAAAGUUAACGUUAUCACAUGUUUUAUAUAUGGGGGAAUUUUAUGUACUGUAGGUUAUUUGUUCAGAUUACUCAUAGCUACUGCUCAUAACAAUGUUUCAGUGUUAGACUGUGGAAUGGUUAAAGUCCCACCUUCACGCUACUAAAAGACAUUAUGGGAGAGAUGUACAAGAUCAGACUUUCUAAUAACGUCUGAUGAAGUAGUUGCCCAUGGCAACCAAUUGGAGUCUAGCUCUCAUUUAUAGAAUGUAUUAGAUAAAUCAUACCUAAAACUUGAUUGGUUGCUGUAGGCAACUUCUCCACAUAACCUGUAUAGAAGGUUUGAUACAUCUCCCCCUAUGUGAGCUGAACCAUGAGACAGAAUCAGAGACCAGUGACAAUACUGUAGCAGGAUGUUACUCUUGAAUGCAUAAGACUCCAUGCAGCGCACAAUAUGGAUGCUUCCACUAUAUGCAGCGUUCGCACUUUAUAUUGCUGUCAUUAUGGCUGAAUAACUGCAGUCACCAUUUCCUUCUCGUCCCUGACUGUGUAGAUUAUAGUUACCCAAAGUAAUUUGCUUUAUAACAGUUAUAUCCCCUUUAGCGUCUUGCAACGCUCCCAAGUGCCAACAAAGUGCGACCUCUGACUUACAGAUCUUAGUAGCACAUAUAUGAAACCUUAUUGCGUGGCCAAACCACAAUUCACAGUGACACCUAUAAACCGUUCAGUUACAGCAUGCUUGUCUAUUUUCCCUAUUACACUUCCGGGAGGUAUGGAGACCAGAUACGGCAAGAGGUACAAUGGAGCUUGAUACAAUUUGCCAUUAAGUGGGUGCGGCAAUCAUGCCAUCAUGCUCCACCCACAGCAGUAAACAGUGUCAGGAUGAGUUGAUGCAAUCACCUCCUCUAACUCCUGCCAUGCAUUGCUUACUGGUGUAGGCGGGACUUAUCAUGUCUCCACCCACAUUAUGGGCAGUAAGUUUUCUCCAUGAGGUCUGCCAUCAUUCCGGAAGCCCCCCAUUAGAGGGCAGUAGGCAAGUAUGAAUGACAUCCAGAUUAUAUAAUAUAGAUACAGUUAGAACUGACCUCCAGAGUAUUGUUUCCUUUACUGUAGAAAACGAGUUAUCAGCUGUCACUGAGGUAUUUUACAUACAGUGUAUCCCUAAUUACAUGUAACAGGAGAUUUUACUCUGAGUGUUCUGUUUUCUGUAGUGUCCACAAUUGCACAUCAUUUUUGUCUUGAUCUCAUAAAUGUCCCCCAAUAUUCAGUGUCAUAAAAAUGUUCUUUUAAAAGA